ACUACAUUUUCUAACCAAAUAGAAAAGAUGCAGUCCAGCUAAAAAGGUUCCUCUUACUGUUAUCUAUCUAUAAAGCAUUAGUAAAGAGCUACCAUUAAUUGCAGCCUAUAAACACUUUACAAAAAGUGUCUUAUUACCAAGUGAUACAAUUAAAACAAACAAACAAACAUAAACAAUGCAGUGCAGACAUGUUGUAGCCAGUCUUUUCUCCUCUCACCCAUUUUUGGUGUUUCCGGGACCUAGUUCUUCUGCUACAUUUUUAAAGAUGCAACUCAAAUAUCUCAGGGAAUCUACACUGGGGAAUAUUACAGUGACUCUGCAGACUGAUAAGUCACACACUCAGUCACCAUAAACUCACAACCGAGCGCCACAGAAUCACUUGAAGUCACUGUAAGAGUAUUAGUGAUUUCUUUUUUUCUUUUCUUUUCUUUUUUUUCGUGCGGGUGGGUUGUUAUCGCGAGGAACUCUGAAGCUCAAGAGGUGAAGUGAAGCGAGAGUGUUUUUCUACGUCGACGCUUCCAGGGUGGCACAGAAAGAGGGGACGUAUGCGGGCUCUCGUGGCUUGACAGGAAAAUUGGCUACAUGCGUGCUUUAUUUGAUAUCAUUGUGUGCAUGCGUGUGUAUGUGUGUGUGUGUUUUGUAGAUCGGGCCAGGUGUCCUCCCGAUGCUGACGGGCGCCGCUCGUCACACAUCUGUCGCCGCUGGAAUCCCGUUUUCAGCACCUGGACAGCUCCUCGGUCCUGAACCUCCUCCUCCUCCUCCUCUUCCUCUUCCUCUUCUUCUUCUUCUUCUUCUUCUUCUUCUUCUUCUUCUCCGGCACAUGGAGUCCCUGGUGUGAUUGUGUGGCGGCGGCGGCGGCGGCGGGGGAGGAGGAGGAGGAGGAGGAGCAGGAGCAGGGGGGAAAAAGCCCCCGCGCGCACAAUUUAACGCAUCCCCUCCGAAGAUGUCGUUAUCUUCCCCGAUUCAGUGACAGUGCCUCGUCGUCUCUCUCGCUGAAGGAUGCUGCUUUCGGUCCGGAGUAGGUGUUUUCGUCGUGCGCUGUCUUCUGAGAGGCGAUACGGGUGCUCGGCCAACGCAAAUUUAAGGGGAAUCGUAGCCUACACACAAGAGCAAGAUCCGAGCUUCCCUCACACUGAUCAUCAUCAUCAUCAUCAUCAUCAUCCUCACCAUCAUCACCAUCAUCAUCAUCGGCGAGGAGGGAGAUAUAACCAUCAUCUCUGCGAGGGCAAAGAAGUCACGACCACACUUCACACAAUGUAGAGCAAGAAAACACAAGAGGUGUGGUAGGAGCCAGGUCUCUGCAGUGGUGAAAUCACUUUUCACACUUGGGGUCAUUUAUUGCGGACGUCGAUUUGCAGCACCAAGACCUCAACAUGAGCAAUGCCCAGGCUCCUCCCCAGGCUGGAGCCUCAGAGCUGGAGGUGAUCUCCCAGCAGGUGGAGGAGGACAACCAGUGCGUGGCCCCUGUCCAACUGGUCAGUUUCGCCUACAGAGACUUGCCUUUGGCCGCUCUGGACAUAUCCCUCGCCGGAUCCCAGCUCAUCUCGAACCCAGACGAAGAAGACAACAGAGAGGGGUCGAACUGGCUGAAGCCGUGCUGUGGGAGAAGGGCAGCGCUGUGGCAGGUCUGUCUGCUGUCGGCGGGCUUCAACUGUUUCUUGGUGGCUUGUGUCAUCCUGGUGGUGCUGCUGCUGACGCUGGAGCUGCUCAUAGACACCAAGCUGUUGCAGUUUAAUAAUGCAUUCCAGUUUGCCAGCAUCAUCCACUGGAUCAGCCUGGCCAUCCUCUCCGUGUUCUUCACCGAGACGGUGUUCAGGAUCGUGGUGUUGGGGAUAUGGGAUUACAUAGAGAACAAAGUAGAGGUGUUUGAUGGAGCUGUCAUCGUCCUCUCUCUGGCCCCCAUGGUGGCCUCCACAGUGGCCAACGGCCCUAGCAGCCCCUGGGACGCUAUCGGUCUCAUCAUCACACUGCGCAUCUGGAGGGUCAAGAGGAUCAUUGAUGCCUAUGUGCUGCAAGUGAAAGUGGAGAUGGAGCUGGAGAUCCAGCAGUAUGAGAAGGCCAAGGCGGUGAGGGAGGAACAGCUUGACCGUCUCACUCAGAUCUGCCAGGAACAGGCAUUUGAAAUCAGGCAGCUGAGGGCCCACCUGGCCCAGCAGGAUCUGGAUCUGGUAGCAGAGCGUGAAGCAGCCAUGCAAAUCCACCAUAUGUGGGGUAAACAAAGCAGCACUUUCCAGGAGGUGGACGGACUGGCCCCUGGGGCCUCCGAGCAUCACGGUCCAGCUAAAUCUAGAGAGCCCGGAGGGCCUGCAGAUCACCAUGGCCAAGAUGACAUGAACAACUACAUCAGCCAGUAUUACAGUGAGCCAAGCAGUGAUAUGGGGAUCCCAGACCCAGCACGCGUCAUCACGACAGCAGCCAUAGAUGUGCACCUGCCUAACAACCCCAGCCAGCUUCCCUCCUCUUUGGUGAGUGCAGAUGCAGUGCCAUCCAGCCGUUUGCAGCGGACCGGCAGCUCGGUGAGCGAAGCCUCCACGACCACGGUGUCCCGCACCAGUUUCAGUGCCCGCCAGCACAGCAUCAGCAGCCACACACUAGGCUCCACCACGGACUGCAGCUCUACGGUGCGAGAGGCCUCCACCUCCACGGACUACAGCGACCAACGCUGCUACCCUCCACCUUACAGCAGCCCCCUGGCCUUGGGCACUCAGCCGCGGGGGAGCCCCAGCGCCGUGGUACAGGAGCUGCUCUCCUCUCUGUCCGAGGACUCCUGCCUGACACAGAAGGGCCUGGACCCUGUCAACCUCAAACCGCCCAGUCCGGCAGGAUCCACCAAAACCAGCCCCGAGCUGGAGCACAGGGUCAACAUCUACAACAAGAGAAACCAGGAGAGCAGAGUUGGGCUCCACUCUAAGCCACUCAUCCAUCUGCAGGGCAACGAGCCUCUUCUAGAAGAGAAGUACAGGAUGAUGGAGCCAGUAGACACCCCAGUCAACCGUCUGUCAGAGACAUAAGACUCUGUCUGACACAUGGAACUUAAAAAGACUUGCUCUUCAGAUCAACUGCAAAAAUUAACGCUUUACUUAACUCCCUUGUUGUUGGGAGUCACUGGCACAUGAACUGUAUGUCUGUCAUCCUCUUUGUACUGUCGGAGCUGAGAGGAAUGGACUUGCCAGAGCAGCACAAACAGGGCACGGAGGACAGAAGGGAGACAGAUUUGUUAUCAGGCACCACUUAUCAGGAAUUGACACUCACAAAAACACUUGAGUUUUAUGAAAAAAAAAAAAAAAUUACCAAAAGAAACCAGCAACAGGGCUCAAGCCCAACAUUUUCAGACAACUGGUCUGUGCAGAAAAUCUGGCUUUUGAUAUGUAAAGUUGUGGUUUGAUUCCUAGGAAAAGAAACCAGUGAGGGGAUGGUGCUGAGGGCUUAGUUCCUCUGAUACAGUUUGUAGGAAUUGGAGAUGCUGGACUGAUGAUUUAUUGGAGUGCUACAAGCUGUGAAUCAGUUCCCCCUUACCCGAGCUACAAGGCAUGGAUUUAUCACAAGCGCAGGUGUGUCAGCUGUUUUGGUUUUCAGUCUAGUGUCUCCAAACUCACCAAGAACAGUCCUCUUUGAUGGACUGCUGCAGGGUACAUUGGAUCAGUCUCAACUUCUUUCUAAUCUUUGUCUUUCUAUAUUAGCAAUGUUAACAUUUUUAUCUAAAUUCUAUAAGUGGAAAGAGUGUGGAAAUCUUUUCUCACUGGUGGAUGAUUCAAGUGAUUCAGAGAGUUUUUACCCAGGUGCCAUGACUGGAAGCUGACCAAACCCAGCUGAGUCUGUUUACUGAGAUUUUGAAAACCACAGCAUGUCCCUCACGCACCAAAAUAACUAAAAAUCUACCUGCAUAUGAUGGAUUUCUUAUCAUUCAGGUCUAAAGUACUACCUUUUUAUGAUUUUAAUGUUUGGAAGCUGUGUAUAUAUUUCAGGAUGGGUUUGAUCAUCAUAUCACAGCCAAAAACAGUGAGGGACUAGUGCUACAGUGAAAUGUUGGAAAGAAAAUUAUAGCAUGAACCUUCAAGAUUUGCCACUUAAAUAUUGCAAACUAACCCUGUUUAUUGUACUGUCAACAGGCUUUUUCUAUCUUGAUCAUGGAAAGAGGGCAUUACAAAAUUAACCCAAUAAAGGGAAAUCAUGGCAAAACAAGAAAGCUAGUAAUUAAUUGUCAAUUUAAUACAUAAUUUUCCAAGAGCGUCUCAACAAUUGUACAUUCUCUAGGUUAGCAUGAACACCUACACCUUACAGGUAACUACAUCAAAGUCAGAA